CUGCAAAAAAGAAAUAGCGUUAGAGUUUCUAGGAAUUCGCCAGUGACAUCUCACACCGUGCGCCGGACACCAGUCGCGUUCGAUCGAUCUGUUUCGGGAUACGCAAGUCGAUGGCCUCCAGCAAGUAACGCCACUGGGGCUGAAGUUGUCAAAGAUGAAUGGGUGAAGGAUAUGCUGAGAGAGAGCGAGAACGGACUCAUGACUACAAUGUGCAGAAGAAUAGUGGAACGCAAAACUGAAGACAAGUGGAAAUGGCUUGAUGAACAAGGCCAACUCUUGGAUGAAAAAAAUCAGCGAACGUGGAAAGUGCGAUGUUUUCCCUUGUUUCAAAAGGCCACGCAUUGGAGCCGAACUGUCGAGUGUCUACCUUCAGGGGACACACUUUUCCAAGACGUUAGCAGGCAAUACAACAACAACUAUGUAGUUGAGGUGAGUUACGGUAGAAAAAGAUCUAACAUUUUUUUGGCACACUCUUCUUCGGUAUCUCUUAUAUAA